AUGGCGCCCGCGACCCUCAUGAUCGAUCCCAGUGACGACUUCGUCAUGCCUGUCACGAAGUCUGUCCAAUCCUCGCCACCCAAGCGAACCCUUCUUUUGGCACCUCCUUCUCUUGCCUCCAAUUCCGACGCCCUCACAUCUGUCCUCGCCGAUUAUGAUCGCUCCUUCACAGAUCUUCAGAUGCUUGACCGCCUCUCCUUGGGAUUGGUCACAUUACCUCCUUCCACCUACGACCUCGUCUUGGUCCUAUCCGAUGCCUCUUCUAUGCUGGGCGAAUCCCUCGCCUUAAUGAACCGAACUGUCCUUGGUCCUCUCGCCGAGUCCCUCAAGCCUAGCGGUCGCCUACAGUCUCAAGAUGGCAACAGCCUGGAGGAGUCCACUUUGUCAAAGGAAGCGGUUUUGGCCGGGUUGAUAUCAUCGCGGGGUGGUUUUGAGAAACCCGAUUACGGUGAGAAUGACGGAGCCAUUACUCUGAAGUUUGGCAAGAAGAAAUCCCAGCCCGGUCCUCUCGCAGAUGGCUCUGUUCCUCUGAACCUGAAGAGGAAGCCUACUGAGGCGAAACCGAAACCAGCGGUCCCUGCCGGCGUCGGCUUCAUCGAUCUUGAAGACGACCUUGAGGACGACGAUCUAAUUGAUGAGGAUACUCUCAUGACUGAAGCGGAUCUCGCGAGACCUAUCAGUAUCCCUGCCGAAUGUCAACCCAAGGCUGGCAAACGUCGUCGGGCCUGCAAGGACUGCACAUGUGGUUUGGCCGAACGUCUUGCUGCCGAAGACGCCGACAAACGCGCAACCGCUGACAAGAAACUCGAGAGCAUUAAGCUGGCAACGGACGACCUAGCUGAGAUCGACUUCACCGUGCAAGGUAAGGUCGGCUCAUGCGGCAACUGUUCUCUUGGCGACGCUUUCCGUUGUGACGGAUGUCCUUAUAUUGGCCUUCCUCCCUUCAAACCAGGUGAAGAAGUUCGCCUGCUCAAUAACGAUGUGCAACUCUAA